AAAGAAGCCCAUUACAUAAUUUAUUAUGCUAUAACGUUGAUCUCUUUCGGUGUGUGUGUAUAAAAGGGUUCAUUAUGCAUAUAUUGAGCCGUGCAAUUGUAUACUUAUAUCCAUAUACAUAUCGAUCCCUUUGCGGAAGUACUUAGUUCUAUUAAUUAGAUCAUCAAGGAUCAUGGGUAAAUCACCAAGCUUAAACCUUCUUAAAGGUUCAAAAACCAUGAAAGAUACAGUAAGAUAUGUGGACUUCAAGGAGGGAGAAGGCAAUCAUGAGCAUGAGCCAUUGAGUUCUGGGUCUAGGUUUUUUCAUGAGCCAGGUUUUAAUAUCUACAUCCUCACUAAAAUUGGUGUAAACUCCACAAUCCAUAUCGACGCAGCUAGAGACUUUUGUAUUCAGAUGGUUGCAAAAUAUCCUUGCUUCUCUAAAGUGGUGGUUAAAGAUAAAGAAAGUGGGAGCAUGAACUGGGUUCCCACACAUGUAAACAUAGAUGACCAUCUUAUCAUUCCAGAAAUCGAUCAAAACAUGGAAUUAGCAGAUAAAUUCGUAGAAGAUUACGUCUCAAAUCUUACUGUAUCUUGUAUUGACAACUCGAAACCCUUAUGGGAUAUACACAUCCUCAACGCAAGAACCUCGGAUGCACAAGCCACAUGCAUCUAUCGCGCUCAUCACUCACUUGGUGAUGGUCUGUCGUUUAUGAAUAUGUUGCUUUCGCUUAGUCCAAAAGCCUCGGAUCCCGAGGCAUUGACUACACUUGCCAUGAAUAAGAGGGCUCAUCAUCAUACCACCAAAGCUACUAGUUUUAUUUCCUUUUGUAUGGUUCUUUGGAACACUUUUGUCGCGUUUAUGUUGUUUGUGUUCACUACCAUGUUUCUAAAAGACACAGAAACACCUAUGAAAGCCUCACCUGGUGUUGAAGAUAGACGUCGGCGCAUUGUUACUCGAAGUGUUAGCUUUGCUGACAUAAAGUUGGUGAAAAACGCUAUGAAUGCUACUGUGAAUGAUGUAAUUGUUGGAAUUGUACAAGCUGGUUUCAACCGUUACCUUAAGGGGAGAUAUGAAGAGAAAAAUAGUCCUGUUCCAGAAAACAUUCUCCUUCGUGCAAUGAUGUCUUAUAACUUGCGAGCCUCUGUGAAUGUUGAUGCUGCUAAAAAGAAUACAAAUGAAGACGAAACAUGGGGAUACAAGGUAGGUUAUAUACUACUUCCAUUCAACGUCAAAAAUAGAAGUGACCCCUUAGACUAUGUACGGGAAGCAAAGGCUAUCAUGGAACGCAGGAAAGCUUCUUUUGAGCCAUUUGCUACUAGAUUCUUUGCUAAGACAUUGGUCCCGAAGUUGUUUGGUAUAAAGAUUGCAGGAAAGUUGAAUCGUAAAGUUUACUAUAACACGACGUUUGGCUUCUCAAAUAUGCCUGGACCAAAAGAAGAAUUGUGUUUUCUCCAACAAAAAGUUACCUAUCUUGCUCCUAGUAUUUAUGGCCUACCAUGUGGAUUAAUGAUUCAUAUAAUCAGUUAUGUUGACAAAGUUACAUUUGUGCUAUCAGCAGAGGAAGAAACUAUACCCGACCCCCAAAAGUUAUGUGAUGACCUUGAAAUAUCAUUGCACCACAUCAAAUGUUCGGUUUUAGAUAAACCAUGUGUGGAGAAAUAGGUUUCAAUACACACAUUUAUGAUUACCAUGGUGUGUGUAUGAGUGAGUGUGUGAUUGUGUGUAUGCAUAUAUGUUUUCUUGUUGACAUAUAAGCAUCUCUAAAACAUAUCAAUAAUUUAUUGUUAUAUGAUGUCGAGGAGGUUCUUAAGCAUAAUUCCGAGAACUAUAUAGAUAUGCAAACUUUGAUAACCUUGUUACCUAUUUUUAUUCAUUGA